AUGGAGCCCCACAUUUCUAUUUUUUAAGACCUUGAAUCAAAUAAUAAACUAAAAUUCUUAGGUGUUUAACUAAUUUUAGGAUUUUAACUCAUCCAUUACUUUUAUUUUUGUUUUAGAACAUAUAAGAAAUAAUCAUCCUUUUUUAAUCAGAUAGGUAUUUUUAAUUAUAUAUAAUUUAGGACCAACAAUGAUAUUAAAGACUUGUCUUAUUUUGUCAUUUUAUAUAUUGUUUAAGAAAAUUAAGUAUUCAUCUGAUGAAUUUAUUAUGGGUCAUUUGAUAAUUGGAAUAAUUUUUCAAAUUGGAGUAUUACUUUAUGAAAAACAAUUUGCUUAGAUUGUGUAUUAAUUUACUAUAAUGGUACAAUAUUCAUAUUUUGUAUAAUAAAUGACAGAUGACUCAAUAAGAUUUCUCUGUCAGGCAACAUAAUAUACAUAAAGUUUAGUUUUUAUUUAUCAUUUAUAUCAAAUGAUUAAAAAUAAGAAUGGCACAACUUUGAGUCCUUUACAAUUAAAGUUACAUAUUUUAGAAUCUAUGCUCUAAAUUACAAUAAGUCUAACAGAAAAAUAUGAUAUUAUUUCAAAUGGAGCAGGAAUUGUAUAUUUAUUAUCUUCAAUGUUCUGCUUAAGAGUAUAAAAAGAAUUGUUCUAAUUUUAAGAAAAGAAAGUAAGUGGAAAGUAGAAAUCUUAAUGA